AUGCCGAUCUUCUCUUGUUGCACCAACGCAAAUUUCUGUUCCUCUCCAGGCAGCAGCUCUCAUGGAGAUUCUACUCCUCGCAGCCCCUUCUCCCCAUUAUCUGCAUACGAAAGGCAGAAAGGUCUCGCUGAUUCCAAAUUCCAGCGUCCCCUACCCAAUUCUUCCGCAUUGGAUCCAUCAUCCCCUGGAUCAAUGCUCCAUGGAGGGCCCAAGUACCAUGAGGCAUUUCAGAUGAAACAGGGGCGUUUUGAUCUCCAAGCCCCUAAGAUUUCAGAAAUGAUGAAAUCAAAUCAUUUAGAUAAUGCUCCCACGCAGUCACUUCUAAGUAUCGUAAAUGGAAUUCUUGAUGAAAGUAUUGAGAGAAAGAAUGGUGAAAUCCCUCAGCGUGUAGCGUGUCUGCUGAGAAAAGUCGUGCUGGAAAUCGAGCGACGUAUUUCGACUCAAUCUGAGCAUCUAAGAACGCAAAACAAUGUCUUUAAAUCUCGUGAGGAGAAGUACCAGUCAAGGAUCAAAGUUCUUGAAACCUUAGCUUCAGGAACUAGUGAAGAAAAUGAGAUUGCUACGAGACAACUUCGACGGAUAAAGACAGAAAAGUCCAAGCUGGAAGAGAAGAAGAAAAACAAAGAGGAGGAUUUGGUUAAGCUAGAGAAAGAAAAUGGUCAAUACAAUACUGAAAUUUCUACUUUAAGGCGAGAACUCGAGACAACCAAGAAAGCAUAUGAACAACAAUGCCUGCAAAUGGAAAGCCAGACAAAGGUCGCUUCCGCAGGUAUCGAGGACAGAGUAAAGGAGCUCGAACAAAUGACAAAGGAUGCAAGCGUUGCAAAAAUUGCCCUUGAGGGAAGGGUUAAGGAACUUGAAAAGAUUGGGAAAGAAGCAAAUGCUGCUAAAAUUACUCUUGAGGAAAAGGUGAAGGAACUUCAACAAUUCAAAAUAGAGACAAUAACUGUUAAUACAAGCCUUGAAGCAAAAAAUCGAGAGCUUGAAAAGAUGGGGAAAGAAGCAAAUGCUGCUAAAACGACUCUUGAGGAAAAAGUGAAGGAGCUUCUACAAUUUAGAAAAGAGACAAUAACCGUUAAUACAAGCCUUGAAGCAAAAAAUCGAGAGCUUGAACAAAAUCUCCUCCACUGGAAGAGUAAAGCCAAAGAAGUAGAAGAAAAAUCAGACUUGAAGAAUCGAAGUUGGAGUCAGAAAGAAGCUUCGUUUAGAAGUUUAAUCAAUUUCCAGUUCCAGGCACUACAAGAAUUGAGGUUCUAUUCUAAGUCCAUCAAACAAGAAAUUCUAAAAGUUCAAGAUAAUUAUAAAGAAGAGUUUAGUCAAUUAGGGAAGAAAUUGCUUGAACUUGGAGAUGCUGCCGAAAACUAUCACGCUGUUCUAACCGAAAACCAAAAGCUUUUCAAUGAACUUCAGGAGCUAAAAGGAAACAUUAGAGUGUAUUGUCGGGUGAGGCCUUUCUUGCGUGGUCAAGGUGCAUCAAACACCGUUGUAGAACACAUUGGUGAGCAUGGAGAGUUGGUGGUUCUCAAUCCCACAAAACCUGGGACAGACGGUCUUCGGAAAUUCAGGUUCAAUGAGGUCUACAGUCCAACCUCUACUCAAGCUGAGGUAUUUUCGGAUAUAAAACCUCUUGUUCGAUCAGUUCUUGAUGGUUACAAUGUUUGUAUCUUUGCGUAUGGUCAGACAGGAUCAGGGAAAACUUACACAAUGACUGGUCCAGAUGGAGCAAGUGAAGAAGAGUGGGGAGUGAAUUACCGUGCUCUCAACGACCUCUUCAAAAUCUCACAAUCUCGACAAAACAACAUUUCGUAUGAAGUCGGAGUGCAGAUGGUAGAAAUAUACAAUGAACAAGUGCGCGAUUUACUCUCUGGGAUUCUUUCUACAACUCAACAAAACGGUCUUGCUGUACCGGAUGCAAGUAUGUAUCCCGUGACAGCGACUUCAGAUGUUCUUGAAUUAAUGAACAUUGGGCUACAAAACCGAGCCGUUAGCUCGACUGCUUUAAAUACAAGAAGCAGCCGCUCUCACAGUAUUGUCACUGUUCAUGUUCGUGGAAAGGACUUGAAGACCGGUUCUGCGCUGUAUGGGAAUCUACAUUUGGUAGAUCUGGCGGGUAGUGAGAGAGUUGAUCGCUCUGAAGUUACAGGAGACAGACUUAAAGAAGCACAACAUAUAAACAAGUCACUCUCAGCUCUAGGAGAUGUGAUUUUCUCUCUUGCUUCAAAGAGUUCUCAUGUACCAUAUAGAAACAGCAAACUAACACAGCUUCUCCAAAGCUCUCUUGGUGGGCGAGCAAAGACGCUGAUGUUUGUGCAACUCAAUCCUGAUAUUACAUCAUAUCUAGAGUCAAUGAGUACUUUGAAAUUCGCAGAGCGUGUCUCUGGAGUUGAGUUAGGUGCUGCAAAGAGCAGUAAAGAUGGUAGAGAUGUUAAAGACUUAAUGGAGCAGUUAGGAUCCCUCAAAGACACAAUAGCGAGAAAAGACGAUGAAAUAGAGCGGCUUCAUUUGCUUAAGGACAUUAAUUACCCUCAGAGACCAAAGAGCUUAGGACAAUCCGAUGACUUUAACUCCGAAACUGGAGAUUCGCAAUUGUCUAUAGAAGUAGAGUCAAGAUACCAACAAGACUAUCUCAGACAAUCACGACAUUCUGUCACGGACAGCGAAACGUACGAUGAGAGGAUUGAUGCAGAGUAUGAUGAAACAGAAGGAUCCAUUGAUGUUGCUCGUGCAGCUGAAGGCAGAAAACCAUUGAAGAUUUCAGACAAACGUAAGCCGGUGACUCCAAGGGCUAGUACGACAACAACACGACCACUAGAUAAACUCAAGCCGGUGACUCCAAGGGCUAGUACGACAACAACACGACCACUAGAAACUACGAGGACGACGACCGUCGCAAAGGCCACUUCAGGCUUGUUGUCACCAAGCAUGAAGAAGACGGGAAGUGCUUCAAAUUUGCUCAAAUCAUCAAAAGAUUCAAAACGGUGGUCGUGA